CCGCUGCGCGCCCGCGCUCGCCCGGAUCGCUCGCCAGAUGGCGGCGCCGGCCGGCCGCUAUAUUGAUCACGUUGGAUUUCGUGAGACGCACGUUGAUAAGAUCUCGCGAAAUUUUUCGAUCUCGCACGCUAUCCUCCCGCGCGUGACGUGCGUGGGUGCGUGCGUGCGUGCGUGACGGCCAGUGCGUAUGCGUGUGCGUGCCCGGCUGCUCUGCGUGCGUCGUGCGGUGCGUGCGUGCCGUGCGUCUGACGUCCGCCGUCGCUCGGCACCGUCCGUCCGCGGCGAACGGAAUUCGGGCCCGCGCGCGCGUCUCCCCCGGCGAUCGCGGCGUCGCGUAAAUCCUCCUCCCUCGCCCAUGACGUCACUCGCGAAUUACACAAGCGUCAUCGCUCAGUCUGUUGUGGAAAAUUUCGCGGGGUCCAUGGUGGCAGCGGCGAGGCACGUCGCCCUUUGAGCGAGACCGGCGUACGGCCCUUCGUCGGCAACGCGGCGGCGACAACGACGACCACGACGUGGAGGAAGAGGAAGAGGAAGAGGCGCAUCGCGAACAAAACCGAGAUUCACAGGGGACCCCCCCGUACGUCGCCACGAUGUCCAUGCAACAGUUCUGCCUGCGGUGGAACAACCAUCAGCCGAACUUCAUCUCGGUGUUCUCCAACCUGCUGAACAAUGAGACCCUGGUGGACGUCACUCUCGCCGCCGAGGGCAGGCAGAUUCAGGCGCACAAGGUCGUGCUGUCGGCGUGCAGCACGUACUUUCAGUCGCUGUUCACGGUGAACCCCUGCCAGCACCCUAUCGUCAUACUCAAGGACAUCAAGUUCUCCGACCUCAAGAUUAUGGUGGACUUUAUGUACUACGGAGAAGUGAACAUAUCCCAGGAGCAGUUGCCAUCCAUCAUAAAGACGGCAGAGAGCUUGAAGAUCAAGGGACUCGCGGAGAUGCAUACGGCGUCGUUGACCAAGUGGCCGAGCGGGAGCAGCGAGACAGGCGGAGGCGACCGUGGCGAAUCUUGCUCGCCAAGCCCGUCCCCGUUGUCCCCCUCUUUCCGCAGGAAAAGGCUAAGGAAGUCCUCCACUGGCUCGACGUCCGGCUCCGGCGACAGACCGGAGGAAAUCAACGAGAUCACAUUAGUGGCCACCAACAUCGUCAAGCCCGAGCCCCUCAUUGUGUCGCAAGACAGCGGGGAGAAUUUGAGGCGGCCGGUAAACACCAGCACGGAAUCUCAAGGCAGUAUUGACGAGGAUCAGAUAUCGAUUAUGAGUAAUAUGGAAACUAGUUCGGCCAACACACCGGCUCAAAGUGACGGUUCUAUUCAAGAUGUGAGUCAGCAGUCGGCGGGAAACAUUGGGCAAAGUUCCGUUUCGUCGCAACCACCUGUUCAUCAAGGAUUACAAUGGACUAUUAUGGAGCACACAUAUCAUCCGACACGUUUCGCUCUGUCCUCGUGUCAAACGAAUCUGUCGAUCCAAGCGUCGUCGGCGUUUACGACGCCCGAAAUAACAGCAUCCUCGACCAUCAACGAUCAGUACUCUGGUACCAGCACGACUGGUUCCAGUUGCGCCCUGACGAACUAUCCGAACUCCUCCCACGGGACGUUGCAGCACGCGUCGUCGGGUGGCCCCUCGCCAUCGACGCAGUGCCCCAGCAACUGCCAGAGCCCCUGCGCCAGCCCGCAGACUGCGAUUAAGAGGAAGCGCUCGACUAAUCCGCAGGCAGACGAGAACUUUAUACGCGCGCUCGACGCCGUGCGCUAUGGUGGUAUAGGGUUUUGCAAGGCGGCCAGGAUGUUCGGCGUCAACAACCGAACGCUCUGGCUCGAGUACAAGAAGCGCGGCUACCCGAACAAUCGGCCCAGCCUCAAGUCCCGCGUUAAGCAGGAGGUCAAUACCUCACCGCCACCGGCACCCUCGACGCAGCCCAUGAACUCGCAGAGCCCGACGCCUAUGGGCCCGCCCACGACUCCGCACAGCACACACAACACACAUAGCACGCACACCAUGCUGACCAGCCACAGUCCCCACACGAUGCUGAGUGGUUACAUUGACAGGCAUACGGACUAUACGCUACCGAGCUCCACGAUGCCGAUCAAUCUGCACGGCGUUAAUUACAACGCCAUGUGAACUGUAUCCUACCCGGAAAGUCGCUUGUAUAGACGAGCUUGAGAAGUAUUCUUCCCUGUCGCCUCUUCCUUUCCACUAUCUCGUGUACAACUCAACCUACCGCGACUACCUGUGUCAGUAACGAAGCGUCAGUAACGAGACAUGGAAAAACGUCACACGUUUCAAUCUUUCCGUCUGACUAUACGCAGAUUUUUUUAUAUUUACAUUCUUUUUUCAUAUUUAGAGGUUCAAGUGCAAUUUGUAUUGUAUAGGAUCUAUCAAAAGUAUACAUUUUUCUUUAGCUACAGACGAUUUCAAAGACUUACGAAUUAUUUUCUACGAAAAUUUUGUUAUGGAUUGUAACUAGACUUUUGUAUCACAGUGCGAUCAAUGUUACUCGAAAAAUGGAAUGUUCAUUUCUCCUUAUGCUUCUUAACAAACAUGUAAGUUUUUGUACCUUUUUCACGUUUAUAUUCUGUAACUCUGUUUUUUGACGCACGAUAAUUUCGUAGUCUUCAGAUUCCGACUAGUCAGGUACUAGUCUGGCUUUGGAAUGUAAUCAAGACGCUUUUUACUUGAAAAGGACCGGAAUUCUCGAUCGAAACGUUAUGUAAUUCCUUUAAUAAAGUAUUGCCAGAUACGUCGAAUAAUUUUGCCCAUUACGUUUUAUUUUCAUUAAUCGCUGGCGAAGAAAAGACUCAAUAUUAAUUAUUUAUAAUGUUAAGCUUAAAAAUAUGAGCUUUUAGAUUUUUAAUUUUGUAUAUCGUUAUCAAACGUGAAAGAAAAUUGGAUUAAAAUUCUUUUUUAAUGAUACAACAAUUAAAUGGCAAAGUAACAUGACUUUUCAAUAUUCUUUAAUGUGUCAUUUGACUGACAAAAAUUUAGAUCGUCUGUAACAGAGAAAAUUGUUUGUGACUUUGAUUUAUCUUUGAUUUAUCCUAUACAUCGAUAUUAACUACAUUCCGAAAUUCACUGCCAGCACUGAUAAUGCUAUGAAAAAUCGUUUCAACAUUUGUCACAAUAUACUGUGAUAGCACUGUGAGAAAGUAAUGACAUCAUAAUUUUGUCAUAAAUGUUAUUGUCUUUUCUUGCUCUGAAUGCUACAGUUGGAAAGAGCAGCAAUUGCAGCAUUAAAUGGCAAAGUAACAUGGCGGAUAGUAUGGUUUUUUUAAUAAUAUUUUAACAUAUUUUAAAUAUCCUUAAUUUUAUAAUAUUUUAACAUAUUUUAAAUAUCCUUCAUUACUCAAAAUAUUUCGUUGUUCUUACAUUUUAACUUACAUGUAACUUUUUUUAUUUACAUUACUUAAUAUUUUUCAAUUGAUUAAAAGACAUUUAGGUUGUGAUCAACAAGAAAUAAUAUAUAAAAGAGAGAAAAUAACUUUGAUUGAUGCAGACACUAAUGUGCAAUAUGAAAUAAAAGAACAUAUUUGACUCUUCGUUAACGCGUGCAAUAUUGUUAAUAAAGCAGAUAGCAGUUUCUUUCCGAUAUAUAUUUUGUAUAUUUUUUACUCUAAUAUUUAUUCUACAUUAUUUCAAUUUGGAUCAAUAAAUAUUAGAGAUUAAAUGACACACCUUCUGUUUUCUAUUAUAUAUAUUACAGUAUGUUUGUGAAAUUGAAAUACUUAUAAUAAUGCCACGCUAUCAGUACUGCCAGUGAAUAACGGAGCACAGCUACUGUUUUGAUAUUAAGUUAUUUGAACUGAAUUUUGUAAUGUGUAUCUUUUUAUUCUCGUAUCUUCUUUCUCUCUAUCGAUACGCGAUUUAUAAUCCGAGCUGAAUGUCUAUAAUGUGAUAAACGAGCAGAUUUGUAGCGACGACAUGUCGUGUCAACAACUUCUGAUAUUUAUAGCAGAUUAUUAUCUGUAGUUUUUAGCAUUUUGUUAUGUAUCAUCAGACAUUGCGAGUUAUAAUUAGAGUGAAGAUUUCAGUAUCGUCUAGAAACGGUGCAAUUUCAUUGCUUCGAUAAUUAGAACGUUACAGUAUUGGUAAUAAUAAAACCAUUUGUCAUUGCACCGAUUAUGAGUGCGAGAGUCAGUCAAUAAUUAAUAGUAGAGCUUGGAUUAUUUUUGAUGUUGGCUAUUUUUAACAGUUUUACUUUUGUUAUCCCGUAACUAAUUUUUGUCGAUUAUCACUUUGUUCGCAAUUUAAAUUACUUUAUUAAUUAAUUUCGAUAUUGCUGUAUUGUCGCUAGGACAACGUUUAUCAAUUAAGCUUUCUUCUGCUUUUCAAAAACUUUAUCUCCCCAUGUAAAGUUCUCUUCGUGUUAAUUGUUACCAAAGAUUUUGUAAUAACCUUUUGCUUCUUUGAUUCUCUCGAAUAAAAAAAUUUGACGACAAAUCUUUAUUUUUAUUUUUUUAAUACAUUGUAUUAGUGUAGUCACAAAUGACAACUUGACUAUUCAGCGACACAACUUUUGCCAUUCGGUGCCGUUAUCUUAUCAUAGGUGAAGCUUGUGUUAUUACUGCUAAUCCUUGUAUAUUAUCUAAAAUAUUCAACGUCGUAAAUAACAAGGACUGUCGUUAAUUAUUGACUAGUCGUCGUAGUCUGUCGUAUAAUAUUUGUAAAUAAUAUAUUACGAAGCAUACGAUUAAAAAUCGCGUUACCUGUAUUUGCACGUGAGUAACGAUACAGUUUAUUGAAGAAAAAAAAAAGACCGUCGUACGAGAUUACGAUACACGGAGAUAAUUUAUCAAUACAUGUAUUACAAUUAUAUAUAAUAUAUAUAUUAAUUGUUACUAUGUUGAUAAAUAUGUGAGAAACCAAUGUUUUCUUCUAUACCUGGAAGUCUGUUUAAUUUUUGUGCCUUUUAUGUUGUAUGCAAGUACUUGAGAUAUAUUUUGUUACGUUAUACUAGAGUAUUUUUUUUUUAUUUUAAUACAUUAGUACUUUUUCCAAGGUAUUUACAUUUGCUUAUCUCCUUCUGUUAAUUAAAGGGAAAACAUUACGUUGACGGAAACGUAACUUGAAUAAAUGAUACCAACAAAUGCAAUUAUAUACUCGAUGUAUUAAAUAUCCCAAAUGAAAUCAAACUUUGUGAAAAUAGUUCUGUCAUUUGAGGCAAAGUGUAAAUUUUAUGUGAGAUAUGGUCAGUCUUAGAAAAAGCGCACUCGUAUAUAAGGAAUGAAUGAAUAUAUGUACAUUACUUCUCUAUGACUCUGUCAUGUUUUCCCUGUUAUGUUUAAUCGUGAUAACGAUUAGUCUAGUUCUUGGCCCCCCCACAGUGUGUAAAAUAUGAUAGAUACUUGAUACAAAAGCAAAUCUGGUUUUUUAAUAUUAAUUGUAAAAUAAAUGUAGGACACAUAUACGUACGAACUUUAUGCAGAUUAAUGUUCCUAAUUUAGCUUGCAGGGACAACCCCUUUUUUAUUUGUUGUACCAUUUGUUACGUAUGUCGUAUAUAUAUUUAACAACUGAUUGGAAUAGUAAAGUAAUGCAUGUAUUGAGCACAAAAGAAUGCGAACGCUUAACUUGUAUUAACUCGAAAGAUAUUUUGAGAUUGUACCACUUGUCCUUCAUUUGUUUCUGUAAACGGCAAACUUUCGGUAAUUGCGGGACGAAGGCAAAAGCUGCUUUGCGCAAAGAUCGAAAAAUAUACAUUUGAGUGAUUUGACUUAAAUAGAAAUUAGUUCUUAAUAUAUAAUAAAAAUUAGCUGUUAAUUGCACUGUUAAGAAGCAUUUAUACCCCUUAUAUAAACGAUUGAAAAAUAAUUCAGAAGGAAUAAAAAUUAUUCUAACAAUUUGCAACAGAA